CCACCAUUCGCAUAACACCGCCGACCACGUCGACCGACCUCUACCCGGCAUGGCGUCGACCGGCAACGCCCCUGCGGGCAAAUCGCAAAGAACCCGCCCACCCCGAAGAUGCGCCGCUCGCGACCAAACUCUUCUCACCAGAGCAAUUCGGCCGCUCGCAACGCCACUCGCCAUGCGACGAUCCGUCCGACCCGGAAAAUCUUCAACUGUAUCGUUGAUGAGACCGCGCUCGUGGCCGGGGUGAAGAAGAGUACUCGCAAUGGCAUCAGACAGUGGGUGAAGAACAGCCAGAUUCGUCUUUUUGUACCUCUCCGUGCUUUGGAGGAGUUGAGCAAGCAGAAGAACCAGACCAACCGCCAUGGCGAAGACGUCCGCGAGACGCUCCAGUGGCUUGACGAGGUCACCACGAAGUACCCCGAUGUGGUCGCCCUUCAGGGAGCUGACGAGACUUUUGAAAAUUGGGAAGAAGUGGAGAAGUUCGCGGUGCCGAGGACGUUGUUCUCCGAACAUGAUGAGUACGAGCUCGAGAGCGAUCUCGAGGCUAACUCUGUUGGAUCGCCCGGCGGGCUUGCGCUCGGACAUGGACACGACGAGAACGCACCAAGCUCUCGGUCUUCGAUGCUGUCCAGGCCAGGAACUCCAGCUUCUCAGAUGAGCCUGGGCGGGGCACACAGCCCGGUAUCUCCACCUACGAGUCCAGCGAGAGCACCGGCGCCAACAUCACGGACAAAAUCCGCCGUGGCAGCCAGUGCGCGUCCGACGUGCUCCGAUGAACCCGUGCCGCGUCACAUCCAAUCCCUCUUCAACUACAUCCUGUGGCGGGUCCACCAAGAGCUUGACCCUGUGGCCGCCCUGGAGUCCUUCAUCUUCCUCUGCAACGACGCGAAUAAAUUGAAGUUUGCCAAGGGCUUUGACAUCAAAGUCAAGCGGCUCGAGCAAUUGCGAGAGGCUGUCGGUCGCGAGGAUCGGGAGUACAAAAAUCGCCAAGCGGUACUCACUCGUGAGAAUCGACAAGAGAACAGUCCGCCAGCUGUCCCGAUCCCGAAGCCCGAGCAAAGCGCAGGAACGACGUCGCGGGCGACAGUACCGCCCAAAGCGCCCGUCGCGCCCGUCAAUCCCGAGAAAUCAAACGUCCUCGAUCCGAAUGCAUUCGGUCGCAGCGUGCCCGUGGCCAGAGCCGAGCCCGCGACCGGUGGGCCACGCUCACCACGCCUCAACCCCACGACAUCAGCGCCAGGUUCGCCGCGCGCUCGAGCAUCCCAGACAACGACUCCGAGAGGCUCCGUCAGAGGUUCCAACCGGGGAUCGCUUCGCGGGAACCCCCGCGGCCGUGGAAAUGCCGGCGGCGGCCGCGCCGGUCUUUCCAUGUUUGACAGCAUCGACAGCAUCGACAGCGUCAGCCAACAAGGCGGCCAGAUCGACCCGAACAGCUUCGCUCGGCCGAGCUCGCGCGGAGGGAUGAAUCCGUCGCGCGGCGGACGAAAGCUGUGGGUGCCGACGUGAGAGCGCAUCGACUGGGAUCUGUCGCCUCUCUUCUUCCGAUCUACCUUGACCCGAACCCGGAUCGAAAUGCCCUUCGGAUCUGACCACC